UAUCUAUCUACCCUCCUUCCCACGUCACUGACACUGACACUUACCCGACUUUACUUUACAGUACUUUCCCGCUUGGAGGUGAUCGUCUGAGCUUACUUUUAUUCGCGAAUACUCUUUUUAUACUUAAUCUAUCCGACGCCUUCCUUGUCCACAAGCAAUCUUGUCCUUCCUUGUCCUUGCGCACAUUAUUCUCGCCCCCAAUCCCCCAAUCGUGGCCUAUCUCCCAGAGAAAAACUUUAUCAUUCAUAUCACGCCCGUUCCCAGGCACAUCGCGUACCACAAACCGUGCAACACAGCUGCACCUCCCCUUUACCCCCAAGAACAUCCUAAAACCAUUCGAUCGCGUCCUUCUAUCAUCCCCCAUUACGCCCUUCUCAGUGAGGUUGUACCUUUCUGCAGGGGAUAGUGGCCCGCGCUGCGAAACCGUGGGCUCAUUUGCGCGACACCGAUCUAAUUCCGAUUGCAGUUCCUACUGAGCUGGGGCGCUGAAUGGCAUUUGAGAGGAAGCCAGCUUCUGUAACCAAAGCCCGCUUCUUUUUCGACAGGCCCAUGCCCAUUGACAGCGGCCGCGAGAAAAAAGAAAGCAAUUCGGCCACUAACGAGCUUUGGGUGACCAGGGGAUUUGUCACUUUCAUGCUUCAUCAUUCAUGCUAGGCCAGCUCCCUCCCUAUUGAACCCACCACUAUCAUCUUUCCUUAGACCUAUACACGCUGGUCGCAACACGCCUCGCUCCAUCAGAGUUUCGAGAUUUAAAUGUAAUUUUUUUCUUAAUCUCACGCGCUUUCCGCCAACUCAUUUCCUUUUUUCAGCCUAUUACCUCAGCUCGACUUUUGGGGUGAUUUAGUCCGAUUGCAACCCGCUUUCAGCACGCGCCCCACGACUCUAUUUCAGCCUUUGGGCAAUCGGAUCAGAGCCACUGAUUUACAAAUUCCUGCGACCAUCUGCACAACACCUAGGUAGUGAAACGCGCUCGCCCGUCUGCGGCUUGCUCAUUUCCUUAAGCCAGACGCCGUCACGUGUAACACAGUAGCGAGUUCAUGCAUCCAAUCAUCAAAGCUUCUACUGCUCAUACUUCAUCUCGACUGAUAUUGGUCCUACCUUGAAGUCUUCUUGUUAUUGCAGAUCCGUGACAAGCAGUCGCUUGAACCAUUGGGCCCACGAUGGCCACAGGGGAAGAUGUCUGGGACUCUCUCCCAGAGGGGGAGCAAAAGUCUGUCUGGGAUGAGACAGAGCGCAAUUUCUGGGUUAAUCUUCGCAGCAAGAAGGAUGCCGAAAACAAAAAGAUUGAGAAGGAUUUCCAGCUCUCGAUUAAUGAAGUCAGGUUGAAACUCAGUGACCUUACAGGACAGCGAAGUCAACUGAAAGAAUCUCAAUCUCGACUAGCCAGGGAACUCGCCAAAGUCGAGGCUGAACUGGCACGCACCACGGAUGAGUGUGAGGAGAAGGCCACCCGACUUGAGCGCAUUGAGCAGGACUACCGCACGUCACGUCAGAAGAGAACAGAAACGCUCCAUGAUAUUUGGUUCAAGAUGCGUCGAUUCUUUAGACAAAAGAGAGGAGAGGAUCCUGAUGCCCCAGACCAUCUCGGACCCGAAUCAGAAGGCAUUGUUCUACCUGAAAUGUUGCCAGAGCUAUCCUCAGGCUUUAAUGGACCGACCCCACGAGUAGAGCCUACUAAUGGCACUGCAGUGGUAGCGGACAGACCUGAGGAAGAAGAAGAAGAAGAAGAAGAAGAAGAAGAAGAAGAAGAAGAAGACGAGGAUCGUAUGGAAGGCGUUGAGCACCACGAUAAUAGGGGAGCCUCGAGCCUCGUUGAUAUUGUUGAUGCUGAUGGCAAUGUGAUUGGACCCGUGGAACAAAUAGAGCCUUGGAACCAAUGGGUUGAGGGUAUCCAAGAACUGGAGAUACAAAGACCCGUCAAGAUCCGCCGAGGACGACGGUUCAACACUACACAUCUUGCAGGCAUUUACGAGCGAACUGAGGCGAAGGGGGUCAAAUGGCUCUCUUGUAUGAUUCAAGCGACGGGGGCGAUACAGGCCAAGAGAUGCCUGUCUUGCGAUAAGAACCAAGGCGCCUUCGACGACUGCAUCAUUGUCGGCGGGGAUCUCUUUCAGAAAUGUGGCAACUGUGAAUGGAAUCGCCAGGGAUGCCAUGGUUCCUCAGGGGACACAAUUGACAUACUGGCCUCGAGGGAGAGGGCACAACGGAAGAAGCAGCUGGAGGAUGGAGUCCAAGAGACUUCUGCAAACCCUUCCUCAGAAACAGUACAUCAGACAGUUGAAGUUCAGCCGAGGUCUGAGCAAACAACUCAAUCACAACCUCAGCGAGUCGAUGAACAGAUUUCUGUGCCAUAUCGGCCACCUUCACCAAAGCCCGCUCUACAAUUCCCUGAGCUACAGCCUGAGAGACAACCGGAUAGACAAAUUGAAAGACAGCCCGAGCGGCAAUACGAACAGCAACCCGAGCAACGGCCUGAACGACCAGUUGAGCCUCAACCUGCGCCACAGACUGAGCGACAAGCAGGAUGGACUACUGCACGACAGCCAGAACGGAGCCCUGGACACCAAACCGAGAAAGUUCCAGAUCGACCUAAUGAACGAUUCCAUGAUGUGAUAGCUGCGAAGGCCCCAGAACGGACUGUCGAGGUAGCACCAAUCCAAAUCGCUGAACGCCCUCGUGAAAUGUCCCACAGACAAGCCUAUGGAUCCCCCCAUGGUCCUCCAAGCCGGCCGACAACGGCUUCUAGGUCAGAUUAUGCUCCGGAACGAAUGAUUGACCCUGUGGACUCGCCCUUACCGACACCAAUAUAUCCUCAACCCAGGCCCCUGGAGACACCACGUUCUGUGCUUCCCUCAGGUGUUCUGCGCCGCAGUCCUCAUGAAAUCCUCCAUCCAUCAACAGAGCUCGAUGGCCUUGCCAGAGACUAUCGCGGUUCUGAUCCAGCUCACACAUCACGAGAGCCUGAGCAAAUACACACCUCACAGGAGUAUCGCAUAGCUGCUGGUUUUACGCCGGCUAAUGUGAGAAGUCGACCUCCAUCCAGCGAGCGAGGAAGACCAACUCCACCAUCUCUGUCCCUGGACCCUUCAUCGCAGCCACCUGAAUCCCCUCCUGCCCAACCACUGGAAGAGAUUACCCGAGAGAACAUGGUCCUCAAGAACGACGGAAAUGUUUACACCUAUCCUGAAUGCGUCGCCGGGGUGCCAUUGGUCAAGAUUAACGAGGAACACCCCUAUUGGGAGGCCAACUGGCCUAACGUCAAGACACUCAUUGAGCCACAGCUUGCUCGAUGGCGUGAGAAACACCAGGCUGCCAUUGAAGCAGGUCCCAAGCAGGAUAAGGGUGGUUCUUCAAAGUAUCAAAUUGGCAGACAGGUCAACCGCGGUAUCAAAAUUCUCGAAUUCCACGAGAAGGGCCCAAUCAGUCCCUAUCAGUUAUUGGGUAAAAGAUACAUCCAGGCCGGUAAAGGCGGCAUAACGUCAUACGACACGCUAUUCCGCCUUUCAGAGACAAUAUCGGAGCUCGAGAAGUUCAAUCUUGACAUAUCGCCGGUUGACUGGAUGCGACAGCGACUUCACGAACUAAUUCAAACGCAGGGUCACAACUUCAAUCUGCCACGAACAAUUCACGAUUUCUAUCAUGACUCCAAGCUCACCAGUCUUCGUUAUAAACAUGGAUUCAAGAACAUAGGACGUCCUUCGGGAGCCAUGAAGGCGCGCUUGAGUCACGGCAGCCCUAGCAAUACACCCAAACCUCUCCAAAAGCGGAAGUCUAUGCACUCUGUUCCUACUACGCCCCGGGAGGAUUCAUUCAUCAACCACUCUCCUCUUCCUAACCAGGUACCACCAAGCUAUCCAGCACCAGCACCAGCGCCAGCGCCGGUCCCCGCCCCUGGGCCCCAGCCAGCAUUCAGCACCCACCUCAACAAGAAGCCGAAAUACAUGCCGCCUACACAUGGAAGCCCCGUACAUGACGAAUUUCACUUCGAGGCCUGGUCCGACACAGAUUCAUGCAGCGGAGGCAGCAUCACGAAGUACGAUUGGCGGCUUGCUGUAGUCAAGACUCGGUUGUAUACCAGUCAUAUCAAUGUCACACAGUAUUGGACCUGGGUUGGUCAGAUACAAUGUUUCCAACACCAAGUACUCAAGGAUGUGAAACCUGCGAAAUGGGGCUUAUUUAGGGACGAGAUCGAUUUCCAUGUCAACCUCGCAGAGAUUGAGGAGAUGGAGUGGAGUAUCGAAGCACUUCGUGUUCACAUCAUUAUGAAAAAGGAUGCCGGAGAGCUUGCUGCGGAUGGCAAGCCUCGAGGCGAUGUCAUGGCAUCUUUUCCACGAGCCCGUACAAUGCGUCGCUUCCUGUUCUUCUGUAGAGAGAGGGGUAUGAAAAUGGCCAAGAGGGAGCCUGAGCAACUCAAUAAUCUGUGGGAUUCCGUGGUUUCUGAACAAUUGCCCGGUCGAGGCGAUUCUAAUCAACAGUUGGUGGAAUAAAUUUUGUUGACCGCAAGCGACCGUCUUUGAGGGACAAAGAUGGCCCUAUUUAUUCUACAUGUCUCCCUUUUAAUCACGAUCUGACUUGUUUCAAUUUCCUAUUGUUUCUAGUAUUUUUCUUCACUCAUAGAGGAUAUCACUUCGCACCAAGCCAACACUGGAUUUUGUGUGCUCACGGGAGGAUUGUUUUUCUUGGCUCGGGGUUAAAAGGAUGGAAAAGAGAACUUGAUGGGUGGAAAGGAAAAGCCGUUUAGAGAGGAGUUCUCUCAUAUUACAUAGUAUACCUUGAGUCGAUUAGAUUGAACAAAUGGUCUCAAUUUCCUUUCAAUUCUUUCAUAGCCACUAGACUAAGUGUCUCGAAGCAAAAGUCUAGACAGGACUGAUGUGGUCUUGAUACAGGGCUCAUCUCCAAGAGAGAUCGUAUUACUUGUGGCAAAUACCAUAUUCUUCCUGAAUCAAACAGACCAUACAUACUAACUCGGAACAGAUUAUGACGCAUAUACAUCCUUUUCUACAUAUUCAUCCCUAUCGUUUUCUCAAUGUUCGCGUUGGUCCUGGUACUAUAUUUUGUGUCGCUGUAGACGCUGCUGCCUUCACCUCGACACCACCACUGCCCAUCAUGCGACUCAUCAGAGCAGCUCGACACUCCUUCGCCUUAUCGUCACGAUAUUCCAACUGCGUUGCUGGGGGCUCGGAUUCUUGGUUUUCUGGAUCUUUGUCCUCAUCGCCAAAUACGUCGUGGAGCUCAGCCGCCGAGCGUGAGGCAGCACUGCUGGCAUUGGAGGCAUUGCUGAUGGCACGGCCGAAUAGCUGACGCUUGCGAGGUCUUGGGGCUGGUUGUUCGGUUUCAUCGGAGGCGAAGGAAGGGAGAUUUGGUGUUGUGGUCUCAAUGAGUGAGGUCAGUUUUGAGGAGAGGGCCUGGCGCUCUGCGGCUUUAGCGCGAAGACGAGCUUGCUCUGCAUUUUCCUGUUGUUUCGCUUGCUGUAUAUUUUCUUGUGGAGUUGGAGGAUUGUCUGUGGUUUCCUCAGUGCGAGAAGUUGUAGUGUUAACUUUGCUUGUGGAAUCGGAGCGAGAGCGAGGCAAUGUGGUAUGUUUGGUGGGUGAUGGAGAUCUGUUGAGACGUGCUUGAGGAACCUCAGCAAGAGGUGAGUCAAAGUCUUUGUCCUUAGGUAGACUAUUCGUUGUUGUUUGGUGAGUGCGUGCUGUGACAAAGUCUGGUGAGAUGACCGAGACAGGUUUCGCAGUCAUUUUUCGAGAGACCUUCUCAGGCGAAUCAUGAUCAAAGGCCGAGGUAUCGACGCCAGCGCCGUGUGGAGGUUUCGUGAUAUGACUCUUCGUUGACUUGGACACCGGUUCUGAAUGAGUGCGCUGCAUGGGCUUUUGAUGCAAUCGUGCUUCAGGGGCGGUUCUAGAGGUUGGUCUAGGUUCAGGCUGAGAGGUUUCUGAGUAUCUUUCUUUAAUCUCAGGGAAUAUAUAAUCGUCGAGAGGGACUUUGAAGCCUGUACGGAUACACUCCCAGAACCAAUCUGCUGAAACAACAGGAAUGCCCCAUUUCAGAGCCACGCGCAACUUCUCCUUGCGCAUAGAAGUGAUGUCCUUGCAAAUUAGCACGCUUGUAGUUUUACGAAACUCUCCAUCAAACUUGGCUCCUAACUGAACAGUGGCUCUGGCAACUUGAUUGAGCUCGAUACCUGUAAAAGCAGCACUGCAUAUGAUAAGAUCCGAAAACGCCGGUAUGGGGAAGAAGGUGAAUGGCCGACCGAGAACGUGUUCCCCAGGGUCAAAGUAUUGCUUGUUGUGAAGGCACUUUUCGAUAUAGUAUUCUGUCACAACAUGGAGGUUAUCGUAGGUUUCCUGAGGGUGAGUGUUAGGCUGAGAUGUCUGAGGAACAAUCAGAAACCGACUGCGAGGUGGCUUUGGAGUUCUUCCCAGAGCGGCCUCAUUUAAUGAUGAGCAAAGAGUGGCCCCGAGGGUGUCGAGUGUUUGCUCGAGGACAGAAGUUCUUUGUGCGUUGAAUCCAUGUAUGUAAAAGUAACAGCUCCCAAAAAUGCCCUGGUCUUCUUCUGGGACUAUAGGAGCUGGUGGCUCAGGCUGAGCUUCUGCUCGCUGUGGCUGUUGGACCUGAGCUUGGUUUCCGUCUUCCUUAUUUUCCUGAGCGAAGGAAUAAUCUCUUGAUGUUGACCGACCGAGGAUAUCGCCCCAGAUGUUAUUACGCUGUGAACUGAGCUUCAUGCUGGCAGUCUUCCUGAGCUUCCUAGGGCCCUCCUCAGCGCCACCUGCAAUGGCAGACUUUGAUCGCUUGCUCAUUGUACGUUUCAGUUCUCUUGUAACCCAUGCGCCCUUCCCUUGCUCCUCGUGAGGUAAUGUCGGGUCGAAUUUGGCUUCUUCCAAGAUCAUCCCUCGAGAGAUAGAUUGUUCAAGCCAGGCGAGGGUGACUGGGUGAAUGCCCCAUGCUCUGGCUGCAGUAUAUUUCUUGCCUUCUGGUUUGUUGACGAUUAGGUGUGUGCACCGUCUCGUCAAGUCGCCCGUAUAUAAGCCUCCAUUCGAUGUGAUUUUAUUUGCGAUUUCGUCCCUCUGGUCGCCAAAGCCAGUCAAACAAAUCAGCAGCGAAUCUCUUGCUGGCUCUCCUUUUUGUGGCUGGACUGUAGGAUCGAUGCCUCGCCUCUCUAGGGGCUUCAGUUGGUGCUUAUUCUCGAGCUGUCGAUAAUCGAUCUCUUCGUCGUUCUUCCAUAUCUCGCUAAGUUCUUCGAUCCAGGCGGCAUCCAUGGCCUUGAUAUCGGGGCGUUCACGAGCGACAUGGCGAUAUUUGGGUGUGUCGUAGUCACCAACAAUAAGAUGGGUUACGUCGGGUGUGAGAUCGUAUUUGUGAAUACCACCAAGCUCGGCAACUUUGGAAGCGAU